AUGGGGCGCGGGUCGGGCAUUGUGUUUUCGCAGUUUGUCAACAUGCUCGACCUCAUUGAGCACCGCCUCGAGCUCGCGGGCAUUCGCUGCGUGAAGCUCUCGGGCAGCAUGCCCAUGACGAUGCGCGAGAAGCUGCUCACGCUCUUCCGGGACGACCCGAAGCUCACAAUCUUCCUCAUCAGUCUCAAGGCCGGUGGCGUCGCGCUCAACCUCACGGUCGCGUCCCAGCAAUUCAUCUUCCUCAUGGACCCGUGGUGGAACCCGGCGGCCGAGCACCAAGCGAUCGACCGCACGCACCGACUCGGGCAGUUCAAGCCCAUUCGCGCGACCCGGUUCAUCGUUGCCAACACGAUUGAAGACCGCAUCUUGAAGCUGCAGGAGAAGAAGCAGCUGGUGUUUGAAGGCACGGUGGGCUCCAGCACGGCGGCGCUUGGGCGUCUCACGGUCGAAGACCUCCGCUUCCUCUUCCACUAGUA